CAAUUUAACCCUCCUCCAACUGCUCCUUCGUCCCUUUUCGUCAGACUCUUACAACCGUCUUUGAAAUUCUUCUUGGGUAUUUUGGAGCUGGAAGAGGGGUAUUUAAAGACUUGGGAGUCCGAGAAUUUAGGAUUUGGGAUUUGACCAACCUUCACCUUAAAGAGUCUCGUCUUCAGGAAGGAAGAUGUCUGAUGAUGAGGACUUGGAUGAAUAUGAUCAGGACCAGGAUGAAUCAGAUGAAGACAAAGAUAACAAAGAGAUGGGAGAAGGGGAGGAGAAAGAAGGAGGAGAAGAACUUGAGGAGAUGUUGCUCCCCAAUCCCCUCACAGAGGAGGUAAUGAAAGAAGGUCUCUCUUUGCUCUGCAAGAUUGGCAAUGGACUCUCCCAUGCUUACGUGAAGUUGGAGGCCAAGGAAAAGGACCUCAGUGACAUUUCUCUGUUGUCCUCCUACAUCCACCUGCGUUAUGUGGAUUUGUCUGAUAACCGGCUGGUGGACCUGUCACCCCUCAAUGGCCUGACUCACCUACUCUGGCUCAAGGUCGACAACAACCGGCUAAUAAGUGCCCGAUUGACAGAGUUACCCUAUUUGCAGAUUGCCAGCUUUGCCUACAACCAAAUCACUGACACUGAGGGCAUCCUGCAUCCCAGAUUAGUGAGCCUGGAUCUCAAAGGGAACAACAUCAAGAAAGUAACAGGCCUAGACCCCCAAAAACUGGGGAACUUGCAUACGCUUGAGCUCCGAGGAAACCAGCUGGAGAGUACACAAGGAAUCGAACUCCCUAAGCUAAAGAAUCUCUUCUUGGCCCAGAACCAGCUGAAGCAAAUAGAAGGACUUGAAAACCUGGAGCAUCUCACUACAUUGCAUCUUCGGGACAACCAAAUCAAUACCCUGUCUGGCUUCUCUAGUGAAAUGAAGUCCCUGCAGUACCUCAAUCUUCGAGGGAACUUGGUGGCAAACAUAAUAGAAUUGAUUCAACUUAAGGAAUUGCCCCGACUUCGGGCCCUGAUCCUGAUGGAGAACCCAUGCACAGAUGAAACUGACUACAGGCAAGAAACCCUUGUACAGCUACCCCAACUGGAACGCCUGGACAAGGAUUUCUAUGAGGAGGAAGAACGGGCUGAGGCUGAUGAAAUUAGACAGAGGUUAAAGGAAGAACAAGAGAUUGAUCUAGAUCAAGACCUAUCUCCAGAUCCAGAAAAGGAAGACACAGAUGAUAAUGUCCUCUGAGGUGCCAUCACUUUCUUCUCUCCUCUGGAAAGACCAUAUCCUGAGGCCAUCCUUGGAGGAUGAGGAGCCAUUCAUUCCUCUCCCCCUGGAUCCCAGAAACUGGAAGCUCCUACAGCUCAAGUUCAGGGAAAGGAGUGA